UGAUCUGGAAAGUUCCACACUUUUCUGGUAGUCUUAAGCCAAGACAUGUUCCAGAUGAAUCCCAUACUCCAGCUCGCUAUAUGAAACCCACUACACCACCACCAAUUAUUAUCACAAACUAUUCUCUACAACUUUCAACUUUGAGCCGACAAAUUAAGAAAGAGUUAGAAGCUAAAUCAAAUUAAUAAAUUAUGGGUGUGGAUUAUUACAAGAUUUUACAGGUUGAUAGGAAUGCUAGUGACGAUGAUCUCAAGAAAGCUUAUAGAAAACUUGCCAUGAAGUGGCACCCUGAUAAAAACCCCAAUAAUAAAAAGGAAGCUGAAGCCAAAUUCAAGGAGAUUUCUGAGGCUUAUGAGGUUUUGAGUGAUCCUCAAAAGAAAGCAAUAUAUGACCAGUAUGGAGAAGAAGGGCUUAAAGGUCAGGUACCGCCACCGGAUGCCGGUGGACCUGGAGGAGCUACUUUCUUCUCAACCGGAGAUGGCCCAACAACGUUCAGCUUCAACCCCAGAAAUGCCGAUGAUAUUUUUGCUGAAUUCUUUGGCUUUUCAAGUCCAUCAUUUGGUGGUGGAAUGGGAGGAGGUGGCAGUGGAAUGAGGGGAGGUCCAACAAGGUCUUCCUUUGGUGGAAUGUUUGGUGAUAAUAUUUUCACUUCUUUUGGUGAUGGACGGCCGAUGAGUGCCGGUCCUCGAAAAGCGCUUCCGAUUGAGAAUAUGUUGUCGUGUUCCCUUGAGGAUCUUUACAAAGGAACUACUAAGAAGAUGAAGAUAUCAAGGGAAAUUGCUGAUGCUAGUGGGAAGACGAUGCCCGUUGAGGAAAUUUUGACAAUUGUAAUCAAGCCUGGCUGGAAAAAGGGAACAAAGAUUACCUUUCCAGAGAAAGGCAAUGAGCAGCCGAAUGUCGUGCCUGCAGAUCUUGUCUUCAUAAUCGACGAGAAACCACACAGCACAUUCACCAGGGAUGGAAACGAUCUGGUUGUAACGAAGAGGAUAUCUCUUGUAGAAGCUCUAACAGGCUAUACUGUUCAAUUGACAACUCUAGACGGUAGAAGCCUGACCAUUCCGAUCAACAAUGUGAUCCAUCCAGACUAUGAGGAACGAGUUCCUAAUGAAGGCAUGCCAAUUCCAAAGGACCGCUCAAAGAAAGGCAACUUGAGAAUCAAAUUCAACAUCAAAUUCCCAACCAGAUUAACCGACGAGCAGAAAUCGGGAAUUAAGAAACUACUGGCAUCGUAGAUCAAGUUUUGGCCGCUCCAACCAAGUGAACUGUUGUGAAUAUUUUGCAUUUUCUUGAGAUGGUUGUUUUGUGUUAGCUUCUGUUGUGUGGCAUGCCUAUACUACCUUUACAUCUAAUUUAAUAAACUGUAUCAAGCUUAGUCUGUCAAAAUGUAGAUCGAAGAUCAUUUAUUUUCAAUUCAGAACCAUCAAAGCAUUUAUUUUACAACUUA